AUGGAAAUUAGCUAUGUGUACGCCAAAAGGCGAUCGGAAUUCGGAAGACAGUGCAACUUCAGUGACAAAAAUGCAGAACUGUUAGUUGAAAUACUGCCAGAUGUUGACGUGUCACAUAAGUUUGUCGAAAUGAAUCCUAUCGACAAGGGUGUUCAGUCAUCGCAAGAAAUGUCUGAACACGAAGCCAACACUGAAAGAUAUCGUUCGGAAUCUCGAGGGAUGAACCAUACAGAAGGUGGUUGGCCAAAGGAUGUCAAUGCACAGGAACCUGACCAGGUUAUAAGGUAUCGGAAGAAGGUUGAAAAAGAUGAGUUGUAUAUUGCAACUGUUCAUAAACUUGGAAACAUUAUGGAGCACUGCAUUAAGCAAAACAAUGCACUGAAUAUUUAUGAAAAUUAUUUCGAAGAUUUCGAUGUGAACACUUCCGAAGACCCUCCAUCCGCUAAGACUAUAACCGUUUUAAAAGAUAUGAACGACCCAAAAAGAAGCAUUGCACACAUAUCUUGGUAUCCUGACGGUCCGACAAAGUUGGCUGUCGCCUACUGCAACACUGAAUUUAAGUCAGUUUCUGGAAGCACCUCGAACGAGUCAUACAUAUGGGACGUCAACAAUCCCAACAGACCUGAACUUACACUUAAAACAGCCUCUCCGCUGGUCUGCAUUGAGUAUAACCCUAAAGACUCCCACACACUAAUUGGUGGCUGUUAUAACGGACAACUUUCAUUGUGGGAUAGACGCAGGGGCUCCAACCCUGUUGAAGUCUCACCGAUUGAACAUAGUCACAGAGAUCCCGCCUGGAAAGUGAUUUGGAUACAAUCUAAAACUGGAACUGAAUGCUUUUCUACGGGUACUGAUGGUCAAGUUUUCUGGUGGGAUGUCAGGAAAAUGUCUGAACCCAUGGAGUUUCUUUAUCUCGAUCCCACGAAGAAACAAGACUUUUCGUGUGCCCAAGGAGCUUAUGUAUUGGAGUACGAGUCCACCAUACCCACAAAGUUCAUGGCUGGUACUGAACAAGGGAUUAUCAUCUCUUGUAACCGGAAAGGCAAGACACCUGCAGAAAAAAUUGUUGCUGCCUAUCCUGGACACAUUGGACCAGUUUACGCAUUGCAGAGAAAUCCAUUUUUCCCAAAGAACUUCCUUAGUAUUGGUGACUGGACUGCUCGAAUAUGGUCGGAGGAUAUUCGAGAUUCUGCUAUAAUGUGGACGGCCAACCAUGACUAUGGUCUUUCUGAUGGAUGUUGGAGUCCUGUUCGACCAGCUGUAUUUUUCACUACUUGUCUGGACGGAACGUUAAGCGUUUGGGACAUUAUAUUCAAGCAAGAAGCACCGGCUCUCAAUAUUCAGAUUUGUGACGAACCGCUUCAUUGCCUCAGAGUUCAAGAACAAGGUCGACUUAUUGCAACAGGAUCGCACAGUGGAGUAUGCACAGUUCUGGAACUCUCUGAAGGAUUUUGUACCCAAUCGAAAAACGAAAAAGCUUUAAUAACCUCUAUGUUUGAGAGAGAAACUCACCGUGAAAAAAUUCUGGAUGCAAGACAUCGGGAGAUAAAACUACGUAAACAAAAACUCCAAGGGGCAGAUGAAGCAGCUGUUGAUACCGAAGAUGAUUUGGACACAAAAGAAACUGAAGGACUUAUCCGGACUACAGAGGACUUCUUCUUUGAAACGAUUGAACGCAAACGUAAGGAACGCGAACUGAAAGAAAGAACUGCUGUAGAUUCAACUUCUUUCCCGGAUGACAAACAGGAUAACAUGGUGCUAGAGGAAGAAGAAGAACGACAAACAUCGAGCGACGACGACGACAACGGUGAUAAGGAAGGCGAACCAGAAGGCAUGCAAUCUGAAGUGAACGAAUCCAAUGAGGCUAGCUAA